ACAUCAUCCGUUGCGUACUGCAGCGAUCCGAUCGCCAUUCUCGUAACCGAUCUGCAGCUUUCCUUCUUUCCCGACAAUCGCACGCUCGAGUUUAGCAUCGCAGCUGCGUCCACGCAGGACGACUUGAAUGUCAGCAUCGCCUUGACGGUGAAUGCAUACGGACUGGGUGUAUUCAAUGCCAACCUCAAUCUCUGCGAUUUGGGAGGAUCGUUUUUGUGUCCCUUGCCCCAAUAUCAAUUCAGCGGAGGCGGAGUAUUCCCCAUACCCAAUCAAUUCAACUUGGACAUUCCGACGAUCGCAUAUACCAUUCCGGAUCUCGAGGCAGUGGCCACGCUGGAGCUGACGGACACGAACAGAAACUCUGUUGUAGGCUGCGUUCAGGCGACGCUCUCCAACGGUCAUACUGCACGUCAGCCUGCCGUUCUGUGGGCGACUGUCGGAUUCGCACUUCUAGCGCUCUUUAGCUGCUUGCUUCACACCGCAAUGGCUCAGAGCGUUGGCGCUGCGCAAUGGAGAAUAGUGGAUGUGAUGAUGGUCAUCCAACACCCUGCAGUCACUUCGUUGCUCUCGCUCAAUUAUCCCAUCGUCUUUCUCAAGUACGGCUCCAACUUUGCGUGGGCCAUUGGUCUGGUCAACAUCCCAUCGCUGCAGCAAUCCAUCACAAAGACGAGGCAGCGAUACGGGGAUUACAGCUCGGGAACAUUUGGAGCAGCGUUGACUGCCCAGGUCGGCAGAAAGUACAAUCCUUUCAGCGGCAGCACUCCUCAGUCCGGCGGCAGCGAUGGCGGUGGGCUCGGACGGCUUGUCGAAGCGGGAUCCGGCUUGAUGAAGCGGGAUCAAUAUGCGCCCAACACAGGUCCAAACGGAUUUCCAGUCACCAACUCAAACAGCGUGCAACUGCAGGUCGUCGGUGGCAACACCACCAGCGGAGAUUUGGGUCGUUUUGCGGAGCGUCAAAACGUGGCGCCUGGCAACGCGUACCUCACUGUGCUCGUGUCGGCUGCUAUCCUCUUGGCUAUUCUGAUCGGCGCGUUGAUCGUGCUGUACAUCGUCGCGCUGGUUGCCAGGAUCCUCACGAACCGCAACGGCAAAGGCGCGGUCUCGCAUUGGUCUCACAGGAUCACCAGGCCCAGGGAGUUCUUGGGCGUCGUGACGCUCUCCAUGCUCUCGCGAUACUUUCUCAUCGUCUUUCCCAUUCUCACCAUCUUUUCAUUCUACCAAUGGAACUACGGAAGCUCGUGGCCACCUCACCUGGUCGCUGGUCUGGUGUUUGGGCUCUUCCUAAUCGUCGGCGCAGUCUUCUUGGUGCCAAUGAUCAAGUACGCGAGACGUGGCAGCGCCGACGACCUCUACUUUGCCAAGGGCGAACCACCAGAAAAGGGCACCUUGAUCGCUAAACGUUGGGGCCACACAGCUCAUCCUUACCGACCAAAGUUCUAUUGGUUCGCCUUUGCCUUUGUGCUGUGGUCCGUGGUGCGAGCUUGCUUCAUCGUUUUUGCUCAAGGUCACGGCCUUCGGCAAGCAGCUGGACUGCUAGCCUGGGAGCUCAUCUUCCUCAUUCUGUUGCUCAUCUUGAGACCAGGGAGGGACAAAAAAUCGGACUGGUUCUACGUCAUCACUACGCUUUUGCGAAUGUUGACGUGGGCAGCUUGCAUCGCGUUGACGGAAGAAGCAAAUGUGCAAACGAUUCCCAGAGUCAUUGUAGGCUUUGUCGUCCUCGUCAUUACUGGUCUGCCGAUCAUCUUCCUCUUCUUUGUCACUCUGUGGGAUUUCUUUUCCGCUUUGCUGCCGAGCAAGAGGAGACCCAUCAAGGACAGAACCGAUCAUACUGGCAAGGAAGAAGUCGGCGAAAGCGGCUAUGCGUACGGCAAUGUCGCUGGAACAGGCCCUCGAGCUGCUCCUCACUCCUCCGAAGAAUCAGGGCUUGGAGCACAAGCCAACGUCAGACGAUCCUCCGACUCUACCGCUCCACGAGUCUGA